AUGGCGGCUUCACAUCAGUGGCACGCCGGUGAGCUCUUCAUCCAAUCCCAACUGGGCCACAGUGAAGCGGUUGCUGGGGCGCAUGCGGUCUUCCAGCCCAGGCUCACGGCUCAGCACCAGCAAUUUCACACAGCGCUCAACAUCCUCAGCGUCUGUACGCUCGACGGGCGCGGUCGACCGUGGGGCUCGUUUCUUUCAGCUAGCGAUGGCUCGCACGGCUUUAUCAAAUCGCCUUCGUUUAAUUCGCUCAUUGCAGCUGGAAUGAAGCUGCACGAAGGACACCCCGUCGAAACCGCGCUGAAGGAAGGUGCGAAAUUCGGUAUGACUCGACUCGUGCGCGGAGAUGAUACAGAGUACCAAGGACCUGGACUUAGACUGAUUGCCGGUGUGGGUAUCAUGUUCGAAAAUCGAAGGAGAAACAAGUUUUCAGGCUUCAUCAACGAGCGCAAUGUCGGCAGUCAGGACCAACGGACCAUUCAAGUCGAAGUGAUGGAGAGCUUGGGCAAUUGUCCGAAGUACAUCAACACUAGGAAUCUUGUUCCCAAUCCGAACCAUGAUCCAGUGACGCUACACAAGUCGUUGGAUCUAGCUCCCGGAGAGAGUCUUCCCAAAGAAACGCUUGAGCACAUCGCUCAGGCCGACACCAUCUUUCUGGCGACAAGAUAUACCAGCCCGGUACAGACUAUCUUCCAGUCACGUCUCGGUAUCAACAUCCGUGGAGGCAAGCCAGGCUUCCUUCGAAUCACUACCGAGGCCACCACCGAUGGUAUCGGUGGAACGGUGCGACGGCAGGUAGCCUACCUACCCGACUACUCUGGCAAUCGCUUCAUGAGCUCGCUCGGCAACAUUCACAGCGAUAAGGUGGCAGGCAUCACGGUACCUCUGAUGAAGCAAGGUCUACCGAUCGAUGUGGUCUAUCUCACGGGAGAAGCGCGGGUUCUCUUGGGCAAGGAGUCGAACAUUAUCUUCCCGGGUGUAAACACGUGCGUUCGGAUCGAGCUGACGGGCUACAUAUAUGUUCGCGACGCUGUACCGCUGAUGCCGGUUUUGUUUAACCCAGCUGAAUACGUCGAAGAUUUUCAGAGUGGUGCAGAGGACGGCAUCGGCUGGAGUCCCUACAAUCCGCCCGUGCGACGUCUCCGCUCCGAACUCUCUACGCAGUCAGCCGCCGAUGCAGUCCAGGAAGCGCGGUCGCAUGAGGCAAAGAUCAUCGCGUUCGAACAGCACACUGUCGACCUUGCUAGCAUCACGUUCCGACUCUCACCCCCGGUCAAGUACAUCGCAGGACAGCACGUGAUUUUGGACUGCGGAUCGCUUUUGGAUUCUGACGUGAAAGAAUACAAACACAUGUCGGUCAAGUACGGAGGUGAGCAGGAGCUCAAUGAUGGUGGUAUUCGCACAUGGACGAUCAGCUCUGCGCCCAACCAUACCGGUAAGGCUGAGGAUACGAUUGUGAUUACGAUGCGAAGGGUGGGGAAAGGGCUGAUCACGCCGAAGUUGUUCGAGGUAGCAAAGACGACAUUGACAGAGCAGCCGGCUUCCGUGGUCUUGCCGGUGCUAGGUGUAGGGGGAGAGUUUGUGCUGUCGAAAGCUGCUGGUGACGGUGUCAAGAUGCUAUGGAUUGCUUCGGGCGUAGGCAUCACACCUUUCCUGUCAUUCCUGCGCUUCUUGGCGAGCUCGAGACAUAGAAAACUUGAUGUCACACUGGUGCUUGCUGUACGCAGAGCAGAGGCUCUUGUCAUGCUCGACCUGGUUCGCAGGGCGAUCACCUCGAGGCAUGCCGAAACCAUCGGGAAGCUAUGCGUGCACGUUUUCUCGGCAGGGCUGCAUGAUAAUGCCCUCUCGAUCUCUCAACUAGAUGGCACAGCAUUUGAUCUCACCAUCACAUUCCAUGACGCCCGUCUCAGCCCGGACCUCUUGCUCUCGCUGAGUGGUAGGGAAAGAGCGGAAGUUUGGGUGUGCGGGCCACCUCAACUCGAAACGUCCGUCGUGCACACGUUGGAGUCCGCCGGGUGGCCGACCAACAAGCUUCAUCGCGAGUCUUUUGCAUUCUAG